UUGUAGCCUAAAAAUCGCAGAUUAAAAAUGGUGAAAAAGACAAGUUUUCAACCAGUGAAGCCUCUAGACAGUCCUAAGUAUGCUGAUCUUGAUGAUAUCAGCCGAUACGUUCAUUUCGACGACUUCGAAGCAGCCGCCCGCACGAAGAUGCUCGUGCCGCAACCGCUCACCAACAGCCACGUGAGGCUGCGACAACGGGUGUUGUGGUUCGCUCCAUCACAGCCGAGCUUCAAACACAAUUUCUACGGCAACGUCAGCUUCAUCAUCAAGUGGGAGACUGUGCUACAGAAAUUAGGGCCGAACCUCUACCUAAUCGACCAGGCCAUUUAUAACGCAAGAAGUUACACCCGGGUUGUGUUCACAAAAAAUAAUUAUGAUUCAAUGUUGAAGAAAGUUGACUUGGAUUCUGAAGAUUCGCCCAUGACAAAAUCCUGGUCUGGUUUCCGCCACGCUUCGCACUGCAUGAACAAAGUUCGCUGGGGUCCUCACGAGCUGCAGAUCGCAAUCGAAGUGGACGAUGCCAUAGUCAGGUGGCUUUAUAAUAACUGUAAAGCGGUUGCGAACAACCAUUCUCUUGCGAACACUCCAAGCGAUGGGGAACACACUAGGCGAGACGGAAAGGAAUCCAAAUUCCAGUCUUAUAAAUGUUUCAAAUUCAAUACGGCCCAAAAUCGUGAGUGUCCGUACCAAUGGACUCUAGGUGAGUGUAAAGUGAACAUCAAGUCUUUAUUGCCGACCGUUCAUCCAGAAAUAAGCCAUUCCGGCAGGGGACUGGCUUCAGAUUUAGCGCCAAAAAAACGUGUUGGUGGAACUGCUCUAUCGCCUAUAUCAGUUUCUGCCCUAUCGCCACCGUAUACACCCAAAACGAAAAAAGAAGUCGGAAAGACUGCUGACUCAAACACUUCUCGAUUGCAACCUGCAAUCCCAUCCUCAACGAAACAAACGCAACCACAAAAUCAGUGCCAGAUUUCUGAUCUAGAUUCUUACCUACAGCAACUUGAAAUUGCUUUCUCGUUGUCGCAAAUGCAGCGGCGUAAUGAAAAGUCUCCAACACGGACACAUAGGCCAACUAAGAAAGUAGUAUCAUUAUCGACGUCACACGUUAGUUCGACAUUUCUCGUACCUCAAAAUUCUACACAUCUCCAUUCAAUUCCCCCUCCAAUCACAGAAAGCCAGCUUUACCCCAAAACAUAUGUAGAUUUCAACAAAUGGUUUGCUACUGAACCUGCAAAUUACGACCGGGAAACCCAUGCCAGUCCGCCUCAGAGCAGGACUGUCAAAAUUCAAUCUUCUUUCGGGGUCACUAUUCCAGGAACUCAUCAUUCCAAUGUCCCAAGAGAUUCAACCGACCGUUUCUCCAAUGGAAAUGACAUCAAACCAUUGACGAAUAACCAUAAAAGGUCUCCGUUAAAAGUCUUCCUCGACUUUAUUUGCUGCAGCAAGAAGCCGGAGAGCGCAGCUUGAAAUAACCCCUUCAGACGGACAUUCUGUCACAUAGAAGAACAUUUAAGAGUGCGCUAGGUCUUGAUUAUAUUUUAGGCAAAUAAAUACUGUGGCAUGAGUAAAUUUAAAUGCAUAAAUUUUGGAUUAUUCCGUGGGUGAUUAUCUUGGUUUUCAAGAAUACUCGGUAUUAAGUGAUUGAAAUGUUUCCAAUACUUCAGAUUCUUCUUAAAUUAUUGAUGGUAACUUUCGAUGGUGCAGUUGGGGUUUAAUAUGAUUUGUCCAGGUUCGAAAGCUUGAAGUAGAGACAAGGAACAGAGGAGGGAAGUGCAUUGACGGAUGAACUUCUUACCCCAAAAACCAUCACGGCACGUCCCGGACAAAUUUACGGUCGGACUUGCGGCAGAUCUCGUGGCCGGUUUCACGGCCAAUCUCAAAAUUCAGUGAACAAGAUCGAAUAUCUCCCAGAGUAACUAACAUAGCUCGAUGGAGUGCGCAACCGUAGACCAGCAAAUUAACUCUCAAAUCAGCCCUGGAGCCAACAUCA